CAUAUCUCAGUAAAGUAGUGGAUGCACUGUUGGAGAGUCUCUACAACUAAAAACAAAUAAUUGUUGUAGACAAUCUUGAGUAUAGUAAGCACUCCUAACAUAGAUUUAGUGUGGCAUUCAGAGCUGUCACCAUAGACAGGCCUUUGCAUUGUAAACAAAAGGCUGAUUUAAAUAAUUAAAUAAUUUGGACAAAGGUUGCAAGAUGGACAUGAUCACUGAGACACUGCCAGUAUUUUAUAAUGCACAUUGGCUUCAGAUUAUUAGAUCCUAUGUGCCAAGACUAAAGAUUCCAGGUAUAAAAGUAUAAAUUGAGGACAUUUUUUAUAGGAAGAAGUAGUUUAGCCUAGGCUUCAGCGAAGUUCUCAGAAGCUUUGAAUAGCAAAUGAAUGAGAAGGAAAAUAGGCCAUUAGGUAAAAUAAAGUAACACAGGCUGUGAGCAGCACAAGCACAAGGCAAAGAGCAGAUAAAACUAUAUCAGUGCUCGUAAUAAACUGAUUUUUUAUUUUAUUAAAGUAGUGUCAUCAUAUUUUAUAUAUCAUGUGUCAUCACACUGCAUGCAUUCACAUCAUUUAUUCAUUUAAAUAAAAUAAAAUUAUGCAGCAUUGCAGAGCUUGUUAUGUAAAGAUUUAAAGGCUGCUGUUUUAAAAUAUCUUAGAUUUUAGAUCUUUGCUCCCUGCAUUUGAUCUACUCAGGCAUUAUAAUACCAAAUGUCUUAUUCAAACCACAUCUAUGGUGGAUACGGGUGACAGAAUGGUCAGAAUUUACAACACAGAUGACUGAUUUCCAUUUUCCUUUCCUUUGAACAAAACCAAAUAGGUGGAAAUAAAAAUAAAAAAAAUACCAGAUCCAUUAUGUAAUUGAUAAUGAAGUUCAGUGUUCAGUGUUUGGUCCUAAUGGAAAUGAGUUUAUUUGCCUUCUUGAAAGGGAAGGGGCAUGAAGAACGAUCAUCAUUAAUUUAAAAGGAUUUUGUUAUUAUUUUAUAUGCAUUAAACAAACAAAAUACACAAAAAGGUACACGAUCCAGGUAAUCAUUUCCACUCAAAUCUUUAAGGCACCAGAUCCUGCUCUGGUAUGUUUAGUGCAAAUUAGCCUCUAGCCUUCAGGUGUGUGAUAAUACUGCAGGACUGCAAAACUAAAUAACACAGACUUCCAUGCCCCAUUCACACUGCCUGAUAAUCUUAGCAAAAAAAGAAUAAUCCAGUUUUCAUCAGAAUAAAAUAAACUGCAUUGGUCAUUAAUCAAUAUUAACUUUACUAGGCUGGGAUUGUUCCUGAUUGACAGCAGGUAUCUUUGUAAUCAAAUGCAUGGAAUUUCAGUAAAUUAUAUGGAAGACAUAGUGGUGCAGGUGAAGCCUCACAGCUGCAGGGUUCACAUUUUGUGCAGAAUAAAAAUCAAAUUUACACAUUCAAAUGCAAGCAAGAAGCAGGAUCAGUGUCCAAAUGACAGAUUUUACAACAUGUUAUAAGCCUGAUGUAAAACAAGCUGAAAUCGUCAGCUGUCCCAAGAUGGCAGUAUAGUUACAGCAAGUAAGAGCUUCAAAAAUUGUUGUAAAUGUAAAUCAGCUUCUGCCAUCAGUGUUGUAAAAUUCAUUCUGUCUUUGGUAAACACUUGUGAAGAGGAUUGGAUCUGAAGAUAUAUGCUUGCAUUUUUUUUUAGGAAUCAUUUCAGCUUUUUAAGACUAUGGAGAUUUAUAGACAUAUAGUGCUGUAGCCAUCAGCUACUCAUCUAUCAAAAACAUCAUGAAGCCAAAUCUUUUCCUUCUCCUGUGUCUCAGUGUUGUUGUCUCAACUGCCAUCCUGCAACCUCUCGGUCAUAAUUAUUAUCUGAUUGACACACAAGUACUGACAUGGGCAGCUGCAAUGAAUUAUUGCAGGAAAUAUUAUGAUGACAUUGCUACAGUGGCAAAUGCUGAUGACUGGAUCAGGCUGAGGAAAGAAGAGACAGACAAAGGUUUGACAUCCCGUGCCUGGAUCGGACUGUACAACGACAUUGAAAGCUGGCGCUGGUCCUUUAAUAACGUCUCAUUGAAGAAUCAAUUGCUAGCAAUGUGGUAUGCAGGAGAGCCAGAUAAUGCAUAUGGAAAGGAAGCAUGUGCUACCAUUAACCAGCUGGGAGAAUGGAGGGAUGAUCCCUGCACAGACUUACUACCCUUCAUAUGCUACAAUUCUAGUGCCACUGGCUCCAACAUUAUUGUUGGUGUUGCAAGUCCCCUACUGAGCUGGUUUGAUGCUCAGGCUUACUGCCGAAAAUAUCACACAGAUCUUGCCAGCGCAACCACUACAAGUGAGAACAACCAGUUAGCGCAGGUGGCUUUAAAACAGGGAUAUUCCUGGUUUGGCUUGUUCAGAGACACUUGGAAGUGGGUGGAUAGGACCUUUGAGGAUGCUACAAACCUUGAGUGGCUAAAUGACCCUGCACAACCCAAUAAUGGAGGAGGUCAUGAGGACUGCGGGGUAAUUUAUACCGGAUUGAUCAUGGAUAGACCAUGCGAUGACCUCUACCCUUUCUUCUGUCACAACGAUAUUCCAACAGGGAAACGGCAAAUAGUGAAAUUGCAAGUUAAUUCCGGUGAGAACAUUUUUGACCCUGCUGUGCAGUCAACCAUUUUAAAGAAGAUUGAGCAGAAACUAGAGGAACAUGGCUGGUUAGAGAACACCACAGUGACCUGGAAACUGCAGCCGAAUGGAAAUGACUUUGACAGGAAAAAGAAGGGUGAUAUUUAAAUGCUUUCUGUUCAGUCUAAGGUUUUAGCCGCAAAUUUAAUCAAGGUAUUGACAAAAGAAUGAUAUAUGUUUGUAAAGACUGUCUUGUUCUCUGUAUAUUGCAUUUCUUUAUUAUUGCUACCUGUUCACUCUUUUGCCAAAUCAUUUUUAUUACUAAAAGACAUUGUUUUUUAAUCUGAUGAACAUAAUACUGGCUAUAAAAUUAGCAGCAGGAAAGGUUGGUGUAUUAAGGAUUAUUGCAUUUCUAACAUAGUUUUAUCUCCAUCCCUGUGGCCCAAACCUCAAUUUUGUGUUUAGACUCAACUGGGGUUAGAAAAACGUCUGGCAUUAUGUAAUACCAACUUGUUCAUUAGAAUGCUUGCAAAUCAUCCAUUAAUGAGCCGUCCACUGGUCUUGACAUCACACUAUCCAAAACGCUUGCAAAUGUAGCUCCAAAGGCACAGCUUUAAACUGAUGUGUAUGCCAAACAUAAGAUGAAGUAUAAAGCAUGCUUGCACUUUAUGACCGUCCUUUAAAUCCUAAAACUAAUCCUAAACUGUAUGCAGUUAAUUUGGACCAGCAAACUGCAGCUUUUGUUCUCUUUCCACCUUUGGUUUUUUGGUCUCAUAAGAGGCAUUUUUUUAAAGACUCAAUGACUAUUAGCACAAGGAAGAAUUGUUCAUUUUAAGAACCUUUCUAUGAACUUAUGCUAGAAUGAGAGCUGUCAUAAUCCAAAAAUGUCAUUAAAUUAUUAUACAUUUCUUAAUAUUAAGCAUGUCACUUUAUUUCUAUUGUACUGCUUUUCACUGUUUUUUGACCUUGUAAUCUUGACUUGACAUAUCUAACUUCUUCAACUGGAAUUUCAGACUGCUGGUACUCUUAAUCCUGACCUAGUGGUCGAGUAUAAAGAUAUGUUUUUGUAAUAGAGACGGAAACACUUCUGUGAGUUGUUCUGCAUGAGGCUCCUGCCAAAUACAGUAAAUGUAAGUGGAUUAAACUGUGCACAUCUCUGGUCUGCAUUCUUGAACUAUAUCUGAGUUUUUUUUGUGGACUUUUGGCUUAUUUUUACUGUGGACUUUCUGUAGCAUGUAAAGAAACUGUAACAGGAAUAAAAGUAAAUGUAUAACAUGAACAAAAGACCUGUAAAGGGUAAUGUAUGAGGAUGCUAUUUGCCUUUAUUAUUUACUGGAACUUGCCACAUUUUCUUUCAGUCAUAAGCUUUCGUAGGUAGUAGCUGUUUU